GGUCGAAGCGGAGGGGGCGGUCCCGGGCUGCGCUGGGCCGGAGCGGGGUUGUGCGCGCUGAGGAGGAGCCGCCGCCGCUGCCGCCGUCGCCGCCGCCGCCGCUACCGAGGCCGAGCGGAGCCGUUACUGUCCCGCCCGCCCCCGCCCCCAGCCUCCGGAGGAGUCCCGGGCCCGCCCGCCGGCACACAGAUAUUUUAUAAAAUGUCUAAUGGUUAUGAAGAUCACAUGGCUGAAGAUUGCAGGGAUGAUAUCGGUAGAACGAAUUUAAUUGUCAACUACCUCCCUCAGAAUAUGACACAGGAUGAAUUGCGAAGUUUGUUUAGCAGUAUUGGUGAAGUUGAAUCUGCAAAACUUAUUCGUGAUAAAGUAGCAGGACACAGCUUAGGCUAUGGCUUUGUGAAUUACGUGACUGCAAAAGAUGCCGAAAGAGCAAUAAACACACUGAAUGGCCUGAGACUCCAGUCAAAAACCAUUAAGGUAUCCUAUGCUCGACCAAGCUCAGAAGUUAUCAAAGAUGCCAAUUUGUAUAUUAGUGGACUCCCAAGGACAAUGACACAGAAAGAUGUGGAGGACAUGUUUUCACGAUUUGGACGCAUCAUCAACUCCCGUGUACUUGUGGAUCAGACAACAGGUUUGUCGAGAGGGGUUGCAUUUAUCCGGUUUGACAAAAGAUCAGAAGCAGAAGAGGCAAUUACCAGUUUCAAUGGCCAUAAACCCCCAGGUUCUUCCGAACCCAUAACAGUGAAGUUUGCAGCCAAUCCUAACCAGAAUAAAAAUGUGGCGCUGCUCUCUCAGCUGUAUCACUCACCAGCUAGACGAUUUGGAGGGCCAGUUCAUCAUCAGGCACAAAGAUUCAGAAAUGGCAUGUUGACUGAUCUCCCUAGCGGGCUGAGGAUUUUUCUUCAUGACUGUAAAUACCAGAAGUACGUUUCUCAUCAGAUAUCCUCAUCUUUGUGUUUGAGAAAUCAGGUCAGAAGGACUUGUUCAAUCCCACAGGUUCUCCCCUAUGGGUGUAGAUCACAUGACUGGGCUUUCUGGUGUAAAUGUCCCAGGAAACGCAUCUUCUGGCUGGUGCAUCUUCAUCUACAACCUUGGUCAAGAUGCUGAUGAGGGAAUCCUCUGGCAGAUGUUUGGCCCCUUUGGUGCGGUUACCAAUGUGAAAGUUAUUCGCGAUUUCAACACCAACAAGUGCAAAGGUUUUGGUUUUGUGACCAUGACAAACUAUGAAGAAGCCGCCAUGGCCAUAGCAAGUCUCAAUGGCUACCGCCUGGGGGACAAAAUCUUGCAGGUUUCCUUCAAAACCAACAAGGCCCACAAAUAACUCGCUCCCGCUGUUUGGUACGGAAUAGCUCACUCAGAGUGACACCAGUUGAAGCAUUUUUUUGUUAGUGUAAAACUCAUUUGCGCCAAUUUUCACGUGUUUGUCUUAGUCUAAAUGAGAAGUGAAAAGGUUUUUUAUACUCUGGGAUGCAACUGACAUGUUCAAAUGUUUGAGAUCCCACAAUGUUAGACCAAUUUUAAGUUUCUUAAGUUAUUUCCUUUAAAAUAUAUAUGAAACAGAAAUCUUAGUAGACUGCAUUAACUAACCAGCCCCUCUGGAUGGUGGUAAAAUUGAAGCAUGCUUUAACUUAUAAGACUGUCUAACAUUUGUUUUAUUUAGUGUUUCCACAAACUGGAAAAACAAUUCUUUUUCUUCUUAGUUGUUAAACUAAAGAUGUUAGACUGACGCUGAGUGUGCUUUUUCUCAAUAGCUUAAGCAUUUAAAAUGAUUGACGCCUUAGUUGACAGUAAAUUGCUUUCCAAAGCAAUUUUCAUUGCCACUUUUCUGUUGACUUAAUCUUCAUUUUUUUGGUUUUUUUUUUAAGUGGUCUUGUAAGUAGUAGCAUGCCUGCCUGAUUUUUAACACCAUUGGGGAGGUAAGUUGCACGCUGAGCCGUGGCCAAACUGUCAAAAUUAAAGUACAAAGAUUUUUCAGAAGCCCAAGUUUGAGUAGGAAUGGACCAAAGAGUUUCAAAGAAACUCCAAGAAGAUUCCAGAGUCAAAUUUAAUCUCCAAAACAGUGUGAACAUAUGUUGCUCCUUUGACAUCCUGAAUCUUUUGUCCAAAUAGCAUAUGCCUGGUGCAGUACAUCCUGGUACAUUAUCUUUUGAGAGAACUUUGCAGUUUCAAAGAUCAUUCAACAUAGUUUAAAUUCACAAGGAUAGUUCUAUUUUGUAAUAACACAUAAACAUUUGAGCAUUGUAUUUCUCGCAUCCCUUCUUGAGCGCUAGAUUCUUUUAUCCUAUCUUAGUAGAGUUUUGUUUUGAAAAUUUGCUUUCAUAUGAACACUCAGCAGAAAAGUACUUAUUUCUUGCCAGUUAUCUAUUAACAAGAAGACUUUAAUUUGUAGUUUUAAAGAUUAACCCCCAAAGUUUUCUUCAUGCUGCCUUGACUAUUUUGGGUUGUUCUGUUUCUGUUAAAUUUUCUUUUGCUUUUUUGUGUUUUUUGUUUGUUUUUACUUUUGCAUUUAAGACCAUUAAAUUUGAUUUUGUUUUGCUCAAAUUUUGUUUUGUUUUUUAUUUUCAAUUUUCUUUUGUUUUGGAUAGGUAUUGUACAGAAAGUCCAACAUUCAGGGAGAAUUGUCAGGUCUUAAGGAGUUUACUGGCCUCAAGAAAAAGCCUUGACAUAUCUGUGGUGGCAGUAUAAACUGUAUCAUCACAGACUUGAUUCUUUUGUAAACCUACAGGUGUUGGUAGGUAGAGUUAGAAAGAGGCCACAUCAGGUAGGUAGGCUGGUAGCAUGAAGGAGGAGGACUCCAAGAAGCUGUUUCAAGAACCUGAUCUGAUUUUUAUAUAACUAAUGUAAAGAGAAAGACAAAAAAAAAAUGGGAUGACUUAGGACCAGCAAUUUAUAACUAUGACAUGAGAUGGAACUAUGUAAAGAUGAUGUUUUUUUAGUUAUUGAUAUAAUGGAAUUACUGAUUUAUUUAUUUUUUUUUUAAAGGAUAAAUUAGGCAAUAGAUAUCACCCUCUCCCAAUAUAGUUCACUAUUUUCAGAAGCAUCUGGAUGGUUGGCCUCAUAAGUGCUUUCCAUUCACCUAGCGCUUCCAAAAUAUUGAGUCCUCAGCACUUGUUUGUAUUUGCUUCACAACUUCUAAAAGGUUUCCUUUUUUUUUUUUAAUUUUUUACACAUGAUAAAAGAUUGGUACCAAGGCUUGGCCUUGAGAGCUAGCUGGACACUGCCCAGGACCCAUCUUACUCUCAGAAGUAACAAACUCCAGAGGAAUGUAGCCACUUUUAAUGACAAGGGUUUGUGGUCUCUGCUCCAUUUACUUUGCUUUAAAUGGGGGGAAGGGGGAGGGGGGGAAAGUGUAGCUUCUAUUCUGGUCUAGAAACAGUGCCUAUUUGCUGGAGUAAAUGGAAAGGUAGUCACUGUGGUCUUGCUGUGGAGAAUUUUUAUAUUUUGAGUCAGUGUCUUCUAUGAGAAAAUAAUACUUUUUUGGUCAUGGCAGCAUUCAAAGCCUUUCUCUUAAGUCUUCUGAAUGAAGACAUGAUUUGUGGUUCUGAAUCUUACUUUGAAAGCCAGCAUAUAUAUACAGUUUGCUACCAGCUUUGACUAGUGCUUGACGUCUUAAGAGAAUUCUACUCUAAAUCAUACACUUUGCAAAUGAUGAUGGCAUCUUUGCCAGCAUCUAUUUUCUCUUUUCCUUUGAUUCAGCUUGGCUCUUCAGAAUGGCAAAAUAUGGAGGUACUUGGGCUUGCAUCUGUCACCUGACAUUUUUGUGGUAUUUGGGGUCCCCGUGGUUUUGAACACACUUGUCAACACAGGUCCCAGGCCUUUCUUCAGGAACAUUUGCAGGAGUGUGGAGAGUUUUAGCCGUUGAUGUAUUACUUCUGGAAAGCAAUCCACAGUUCUGACAGUUGUUCUAGUCACUCUGCUUUGCUAGAGACAUUUUGUAGAUUAGCUUAGUCUGAACCAGCCCGUCAGGUUUGUUCCUAAAAGGGAGAGCUCACUUUUAAAAUGUCAUGUUGCUAAAGGGAUCCUUUUCCCAAACUUUGCUUAAACAGUUUAAUCCCACUCCUCUUGAAAAAAGAUGAAGACUACUUAUUUUUGGAAGUUCCUAUUUUCGAAAGCUUCCUUAUUUAAAAUAACUUGAAGAAAAGAAUUGAGUGGACAGUAUUAAUUUAGAAAGCAUAAUUUUUCAAAUAUUUGAGAUAUUUUAUUUGAUUUAGUUAUAUUUUAGCUUUUGGUUUCCCCAUUGCUUAUGAAUUAGACCUCCCGGUAAUUAUCUGCUAAACAAGACUUAGUUUGUGGUAAUUUUUAAAAAAUUAAGUUGUCAUUGUUGAUUCUACCCCUGCAGCUUUGCCUUAAAUUGAUUCCUCAUUGUAAAAUACCAUGUCCCCUCCAGAGAGGGUUUUCUGUGUGCUAAUUCUACCUCUAAUAGGAAGUUCUUUCAUUCUGAUUUCCCACCCAAGGGCAUCAUUGUCCUUUCUACCAUCUAACAAGUACACUAUUGAAGCAGAUCUAGAUUGCUUUUAUGUAGUUGGUACUGGGUCUGGUUAAACCUUCUCUGCUCCCAGAAAAUGAGAUUUUUCCUGUUUUAAAGGCAGGUGCCUUAUUUAAUGUUUGUAGGUCUGCACUUGCUAUCAGUGCUGGGAAAGCCUAGGACCCAAAGACCUGUAGAGUCUGCUUAUGGCUAAGCACCUGUGGUUAUUUGCAUAUUCUAUGUUGAAAUUGCUUGGUUUAGAUUCAGCACAGUUGUCAGAUUUGGACAUUGAAGUGGACAUUAUUCAAGUUGUUUGGUUUCAUAUCAGGUGCAGCAUCAUUUUGUUUCUAUAUGCUUUUGUAACAUUCAUGUGAGAGUAAGAUGGUACAGAUAUCCUUCUUUUCUCUCCCAAUCCCUUUUCCAUGAACCAAAUGCCAAUGCACUAGAUAAAACUGUUCUGGUCUUUGAAAUACACCAGCCCCACCCAGUGUGGUUUGACCUGUAGGAUACAGCAUCUGUGUUCCCUGUGGCUCUACUGCUGGCUCCUUCAGGCUACAGGCCACCACACUUCCUAAAGAUUGACAGGCAGCACAGAAGGAAGCUUUUUUUUUGUUUUGUUUUGUUUUGUUUUUUGUUUUGUUUUCUGUUGAGUGGAGUUUGUAAUUCAUGAGCCAUUUUAAUAAUGAUAGAGUAGGUGAGUUACCACCAGAAUCUUUGAAAUCCUAUGGGGUUUCCAUUUCAAAACUUUGAUUUUCCUUUAACUUGUAAUGAUUGUUUCUUAUUUCCAAGCCACCCUUCAGUGACAUAGUUAAUAUUUUGCUUGGUCAUUGAAAAAAAAAAGACUUUUGACGUUUUGAGCACAUAAGUUGGGAUAAUUGGUGAUUUGACCAGUAACUUUGAAUAGUACUGUACUUUAAAUCUUGACCUGAAGUCUUUUUUAAAAAUUGGUUCCAUCUCUUUUAACAUGUAACAUUUUGCUUACAAAGUAAUCUGUUGUGGGACAGGAGGCUUUAUCAAUUGUUUCCCAUAUUGUACAGUAGAUGGUUAAACAUUUUGUAUAUUUAGUGUGUUUUAAGUUAUUGAUUUGUUUUAUAUAAAAUAAUUUAUUUUUCAGGUACCAUUUUUUUUUCAUUUUAACUUUGUUUUUACAUGGGUUUGUUUUCAAUAAAGUAUGACAUUGCUGUCCAAAAGUCUAAAAGAAAA